UUUAAUGAUGUCAUUGGAAGGGUGAUCGAAUGAAUAAAAGGUUUCGAAACACAACUUGGGCAAAUUUGUUUGAAAAAUAAUAUUCAUUUGACGGAAGAUAGAUCAAAGACACAAUGAAAGUAUUUUAUGUGGCAGGAUUUUAUUUACUAUUGAAGGUAACAACUUCAUACGUCACCACACCAAUUACAACACCAUCUUUUGACAUCACUAGUUGCGGAAAUAUUACUUGCUUUAACGAUGGUAUAUGUCGUAACAGAAGCCAUGGGGAACAGUUUUGCGUGUGCCACCGUGGAUAUAAAGGAUACAAUUGUAGUGAAGAUGAAGAUGAAUGCAAUUUUGGAGACCCGUGUUUUCACCGCGGACGGUGCCAAAAUUAUAUCGGAAGCUACAAAUGUGUGUGUUUAAGUGGUUGGUUUGGCGAGGAAGAUCAUUGCAAUAUAAAGGACAAUUUAACCACUGUACGUGAAUGCGACAAAGGAUGGUUUGGGGAAUGGUGUCAGGAUCAGUGUCUUAAUGAUACAAUGUGCCGAUCAAACGAGUUUUUUGCACCUUUCGUAAUACCGGUUUAGUUUCAACAAGUGGUCAUCAAUGCCGUUGUGCUCCUGGAUGGUUUGGUAGAAAUUGUACUAUUGACAAAGAUGAGUGCAGAACACACCCAUGUCCAAAAACUGCGACAUGUAUUAAUACACCGGGUUCGUUUGAUUGUCACUGCCUUUCUGCUUGGAAGGGAGUUAACUGUAAUAUUGAUGUGGACGAGUGUUUGACAAAUCCUUGUAAACAUUCAUCAAAUUGCACGAAUACACUAGGGAGUUACAACUGCACAUGCGCAGAAGGAUGGACGGGAGAUAACUGUGAAGGAGAUAUUGACGAGUGCGCAAUGAAUCCAUGUAAUGGUUCUACCAACUGCGAAAACGUCCCUGGAUCUUAUACAUG